UGAUAGCUGUCAAAAUGCCAUCCGGCACGUGUAGUUGAAUGUUGAUGUUUUGAAUAAAAAACGAUUACAAAAUAGAAUCACCGGUGCCAUCGGCAGAUCUUUAUAGUUUUGUUCAUUUUGUACAGAAUGUUUGACGAUCCUCAAAGUUCGGAUGAAGAAUCACCCGUUCCAGAUGCGAAUUCGUGUAGCGCCAAAGAAUUGAUUAAAUUGUUUCAGCAGGAAAUAUCUCCCGGAUCGGAAAUUGCAGCAUCCUUAAAGCGUACCUGUGGGUUACACAUUGCCCAGUCGUGCGAAUAUGACACGCUUGCAGUUGGUUUGUCACGCAAAGAAUUGCAACUAUACCGGAUACGUGAGAGCGGAGAACUUGCCCUGGAAAAUGGUUCACUGGGUCGAUAUGAAAGUGCGAUCCGUGGCGUGAGAUUCUUCAAUGGAGAUCCAAACAGUCUGGUGUGCUGUACAGAGGCUGGCGACAUAUAUCUCUACGAUGUACGAAGCGGUUCGGAAGUACACCAUUUCGAAGAUACUUCCGAAGGUAUAAAAAAGUCGGUUUCCUCGUGCGACAUCAAUCAAAACGAUCGAGUUCUCUGCGCGUCUAGCGAGGUACAGAAGAAUGGCGAUAGUUUUCUGCUGUUUUUUGACGUGCGCGAACGCAAAUAUCUUGGAUGUUACUGGGAGUGUCACAGUGACGACAUAACGCACGUACGCUUUCAUCCCACUAGUCCGGAUCUGUUCGCUAGCGCCAGUGUGGACGGAUUGAUCAACGUGUUCAACAUAUCGAAACUAACCGAAGACGAUGCAAUGCAAUACUGCUUCAAUAUCGAAACGGCAAUCGAUGCAAUCAACUGGCACACGGAUCCAACUGGGCGCGAUCUGGUGUCAUGCGUAACGACCACAAACGAUCUACAUCUGUACGAUGUUGAAAGUCAGGACAGUGUGGCAUUGUUUAACCGUGAGCAGAUCACACACGCUAUGCGACGCACAUCGGCGAUCGAUUGUAAUGUGGUCGGUACGCAUAAUUACGGAAAUGGAAGUUUUUUCGUACUGGCAGGUUCCAACUUUAACAAAGGCAACGAUUGCUUACGGACGUUAAGGUACGACAACAAAUGCUUGCUUCCCGAUCGAUCUUUCAACGGCAACAAACAGAUUGUUCGCGCUAGCGUGUACAACGAAAAGGACCAGUAUCUGAUUGCAACAGGCGAAUGUGGUUUGAUUACGCUGUGGAAGUGCCGAAUGGAUGGGUCGGAACACACCAGUAUCAUCAAUAGCGCGAGUAAAACUUUGAAGCAAAAGCUGCACGUUAGUCAUCGCGCGAAGCCGUACUGAUCGUGACCCGGACUGCAGGAUCGUGUGGUUAAUUUUUUGUGUUCGGCUAAAUGCUGAAAACGAUACAAGAAACGAAUAAAACACCCAUUGUCUUUAUCAAG